GGUAAAUCCAGAUUGACUCAGGGCUUGUAGAUGAUCGACGAAUAAAAGUAGUGAACGAAUAGGUGACUCGUGUCUUUUUCCAUUUCAAUUCGUUACUAUGAAAUCUACGAUAAAUAUAAUUAUUUUAACGAUUACGUGUGUAAUAGAAUAUGGGUAUGGACAAAAGAACAAUUGUGGUUUGAACAAAUUUAAGUGUAAAAAUGGAAAUUGUAUAGCAAGUGAAUUGUUGUGCGAUGGGCGACCAGAUUGUGAAGAUCAAUCUGACGAAACCUUUAUAGAAUGCAGCAAACCUGAGAUUAAGUGUCCUGGAUAUGCAUUUCGAUGUGCAUACGGUGCAUGUGUAGACGGAGACUCUCCUUGCAAUGGAGUGAAAGACUGCUUCGAUAAUAGCGACGAAACAUUGUCCAGAUGUUUAGGUACUCAGUAUAAUACAUCCACAUGUUCAUCGAAUCAAUUCGGCUGUGAUAAUGGACAAUGCAUAUUUGCAAGUAGUUUAUGCGAUGGUACUCCCGAUUGUUCAGAUAAUUCGGACGAAACGUUUAUUCAAUGUGGAUCAAUCCUUUGCUCGCAGUUAUUCUUCCGUUGUCAUUACGGUGCCUGUAUUGACAAUGACUUGAAAUGUAACGGAGUGAUAAAUUGUGCAGAUGGUUCGGAUGAAGAUCCAAGAACAUGUAGGGAUGAUACAGAAACUACUACGAAAAGAUUCGAACCACCUGUGACACCUCCUUGGACUCCUAAACCUACAAGACAGUUUUGUAGUGCACCACAGCAACCAGAAAAUGGUUAUUGGAAAUUACAUAAAUCACAAUGUUCUACGGGAGAAAAUUGUGAUAUCGAACAGGGUAUCGAAUUACAACUGGGGGCGUAUUUAGUUUAUACGUGUAGACCGGGUUACAAAAUCAGAGGCUCCCCUGAUGUAGUUUGCGGUGUGGGAGGUAAAUGGUUAAACAUUCCGAUUUGCACAGAAAUACGUUGCAAAUCUUUGUUUUCAUCUUCGGUCAAUGCACAAUGUAAAUAUGAUGAUGUAGAUGUGCCAUGUGACUCUGCUCGGCCACGUACACGGGCACAAUUAUCGUGCCGCAAUAGUUAUCGUCCAUUAGACAUAACAUCUCCCUUACAUUUGCCAAUUAGAUGUAACGAAAAUGGUCAAUGGGAACCAGAGCCGAUACGUUGUAUCCCAGAAUGUGGUGUUACUCCUCCAGACACUACGCCUCUUAUUGUGCAUGGGACUCGGCCUAAUAUUACUGAGUUUCCAUGGCACGCUACACUUUAUAGAGCAGACACACCAAACGCGAGCAAAGAAUUUAUUUGUGGCGCGACAAUUAUUCACGAGAGACUUUUAAUAACAGCAGCACAUUGUGUUUACAUUGAACGUAACAAGAGGUUAGACGAUCCUUCAAAAUAUUACAUAGCAACGGGUAACAUUUUCAGAGAGUACGAUUCCCCUGCUCAUAAUCCGUUGAUCGUAAAGAAGGCGCAGGUAAAAAAAAUAUACAUUGUUUGCAACUACUUGGGUCUGGAGGGAAAUUACGCUGGAGAUAUAGCUGUGUUAGAAAUCAGAGAACCAUUCGUAUUUUCGUAUCUGUUGCUACCGGUGUGUUUGGACAUUUUCGAUCAAGUUGAAUUAGAAGCGGGAGUUUACGGGAAAAUAGCAGGAUUUGGUAGAACUGCGGUUGGAUCGUCCAGUGCUGUCUUGCAAUCACUUACGGUGCCAUAUGUUCCUUUGAAUCAAUGCAUAUCAUCGAGCAUUGCUUAUGAGACUGAACGAUACAUUACUAUCGAUAAGUUUUGUGCAGGUUAUACAAAUGGAUCGUCAGUUUGCGAUGGUGACAGCGGCGGCGGAUUAGUUUUUAGAAGAGGACAUUUGUGGUAUUUGAAAGGCAUUGUUAGUGUUAGUCUUGGUGUAGCGAUAUCAGGAGCCAGUACAACUUGUGCCACAACUUCGUAUUCCCUAUACACAAAAGUAUCUCGUCAUAUGUCAUGGUUACAAGAUAUUAUUCUUAGAUUGCAAACACAAAAACCAUUUUUCUCGUGCCCUACAACAUAUUAAUUUUGAGUAUAGAAAAUAAUACGUAUUUUACGUGAUUAAAUUAUAUUUCAAAAGAACGCAUUUAUAUAUACAAUACGCUAAUACAUAUUAUUUUACUAUAAGUACUUUUUAUAUACGAAACAAUUUAAAA